AGAAUGGAUUUCCUUUUUAAUGGGCGGAGGAUGGUCACCUGACCGCGCAGCCUCCAGCUGGCCCAGCGCCGAGUGACAGGAUGGACGCGACACAUGGAAUCUCGAGGACGAGGAAAACACGCGCUCACCACAGACGCAGCUUUAUUUCUUGAGAGCACAAACGGUGUGAUGCCUGCUUUGGACGCUGUGACAGGCGCUACACAAUUCCCUUUGUUAAAAGAAACAUCGAGUUGUACUAUUGUCGAUCGGGCUUAAUGUUGGAGACAUAUGCAAGAUACUCUUCUGUGAGCUGCAGCUUGCUUGGGGCACAGCAGAUUUUCUUGCAGAUUUCCCACUGGGGAUCCCCUGCAUAAUUUAUGACCCAGUUCAUUUCUUUUGGGAAUUAUUUCAUGCUUUGGAUUAACUCCUUCAACCUUGUACUGUCAGCACAGUGUUAGAGCAGCAUGACUGAUCUGUCUAUACUCUAUGUGCCUGCACCCCGAUGUGGUACUGCUAUUUUAUGAUGCUGCUCUUUCUGAUGCCUUUCUCAGCAACACCACUAUGAUAGGCUCCCCGGAUGUGGUGGCUUUCACUAAAGAGGAUGAGUAUGGGCAGACUACUCCGGACCCCUGGGCUCUCCCAGAGGAGUUCUCCAUUCCCCUCCAUCCUCUGGCAGAUUCCAACCCUUGGGCCAAAACUUCCUAUGCCAAAUUCACCAAAGACUUCAUCCUCAUCUCUGAGUUCUCUGAGCAAGUUGGCCCCCAGCCCCUCCUCACCAUCCCGGAUGAUCCCAAAGUCUGUGGCACCUUCGAUCUUAACUAUUUCUCCCUUCGCAUCAUGUCAGUCGACUACCAGGCGUCUUUUGUGGGCCAUCCACCCGGCAGUGGCUAUCCAAGGCUCAGUUUUGUGGAGGACUCGAGGGUUGUGCUUGGAGAUUCAAAGGAGGGGGCGUUUGCCUACGUCCAUCACCUUACUCUUUACGACCUGGAGGCCAGGGGCUUUGUCAGACCCUUUUGCAUGGCGUACGUGGCUGCAGAUGAGAAGAAAAUCAUGCUUCAGUUUCAAGAGCUGUCCCUCCGCUUCUCACAGGCAUCCGAGUGUCUGAAGGCAGGGAAUCGGAGAGCAUUCGCCAAGGAGCUCCAGAGGAAGCUCCAGGACCUCGAGUAUACCCACUCUGUGCUACAGCGGGAGGAGGGCCUUCAGAGGGAGGCGGGGCCUCAGUCUAUGUAUUCGCCUCAUGCUGUGGAGAAGGCUAACGAGCUUGCAAAUGUAGAAAAGAGUAUUUACGAACACAGGGACCUGCUCAAACAGAUCAGCUCCUACCAUCGCCGUCCACGGCGUGAUCCUCAAGCCGUCACCUGCCAGAAGUGUAUGACCGAGUGUUUGGAGGAGUGUGAAGUACUGCUGAACAAAUACGCCAAGCUUGCCAACCCUUUCGGUUACAGCAACAAAGCGGCGAAAGGAGAAGGAGAGCUUGGCAGGUCAGAUGCCGAGAGAGGUGAGGAAGAGGCGGAUGAGGAUGAGGAUGCUAAACGCAGGCCGUCCUACACACCUCAGCUAAUCAAGGCUAAGUCUGCCAAGUGUUUUGACAAGCGCCUAAAGACCCUGCAAGAACUGUGCGAGGAAACCUUCUACGAAGCCACAGUGGAACUGCUAAAAGAAACAGAGAGGAGUUUCCGGGGGGACCUGUGCUACCUGCACACGCGCCGCCUGGACAAGGCGCUGCGCAGGAAACAGAGAGUUAUCAACUUCCUGUUUGAGGAGGACCUCGAUGACGACGAGGAAGAAGUAGGAACGCUGAGACCAUUCUGUGCUGUGAACCAUGCUGCAAACAACUUUGUACCUUUAAAUCCGCCUCAUAUUGUGCUAGGAUCGCCACCUCUUGAACUCGAUGUACCAGAACCGUCACGUCCGCAAGUUCCAGCCUCUGAGAGGUCCAGUGUUAGUCAGGAGAACGAGCUUGGACUUAGGGAGAGCCAUCUUGAGUCCUCCCCCUCAGACCAGACCCUAGAAACACAGGGGAGUUCAGAGGAGACCAAAGGAAGCUUUAGUAGCGAUAAGAGUGGAACAGACCAAGCAGAGAAACAAGGGAGUCUGGCUAGUAUGAAAUCAGAGGGGCCUGAUCCGGACUCUGAUUUGACCCCUGACCAGAACACUGACCACGAAAGGGAGAGUAGCAGUGAAGAAAUUGAGACCACCACAGGGGAAGAUGACGGUGACAACGGAGGAGACGCGACACCUGUGUCAUUGCUGGAAAUGGUGGCUGAGCUGGAGCUCGGUCAGAAGGAUACGGGUGAGACGGUCAACGAGCCCGACCUGCUGGUUCCGAUAGACACGCCGUGCUGCAUCGCCCAAGAGGGUUUCCUUUAUGAACCCACAGCCCCCAAAGCGGUGCCUUGCCUGCAACGGGGCUCCCUGCCACCGCUCGAUCAAACCUUGGUGGUCAACCAGGAGCCGCUGGCCCUUCUCCCAAUCCAGGAUGACUACACUGUAGGCUCGCCGGGCCCAGAAAGCGCAGCAGCCGGACUGGAGCUUCCCGUGGGCCCCCUCGGAGAACCAGUUUCUCUCGCCUCGUUCGAGGAUGGCUCAGACUGCACCAUGAGCGCGUCCACUGGCUCAGACCGGGCUGCCUCACCUCUCGGGUAUGGCGGGUUUCUGACCCUCCGUCAGAGGAAAAAGGCUGGCCAAGGCGCCCUGAGGUUUGUACGUCAGUACCCCUUUGCCAUGCAAGCUCUGUGGUGUCUCCUGAGCGGCAGAACCCUGGUGGUGCUGGGGGUGGAUGAGGGGAGAGUCCGCCGCCUGGUUGCCGCUCUUGCUCUCUUUGUUCCUGAUCCUGGGAAGUGUGGAGAGAGGGUUCAAGCCUGGCUGUCCUGUCCCUUUACCCUCACCGAUCUGCAGAGGUGGAAACUCAUCGGAUUGCAAAGGGUGGCAUCUCCCGUGGGCUCCAGCAUACUCCACUCGCUGUCGCGCUACAGCCGCUACAUCUCCAUCCUGGACGCCGACCUGAAGACCCUGCGCUGCCCGCCGUACCGCGGCCAGCUGCUCGCCAACGUGGCCGACCACCGCACCUGCAUCCGCCGCGGCUCCACCUACUUCCUCCACCUCCAGAGCACGCUCUGCCGCCUGGCCGCCAAGGCCUUCCUGCUCACCUUCACCCACCACCUCCACCUGCCCGUCAGCCCGAGGGAGGGGUCGGAGGUGGUGGAGGGCCGGCGCCGCUGCUUCCUGCAGGAGCAGCUGGGGGUGGACGAGGAGGACAGCCGGAUUCUGCUCUACCUCAGCCAGCUCAUCACGCAGCAGUACCUGCAGCCCUCCGACGGAAGCACCGCCAAGCCGCCCUGCUUUCGCUUCAACUACACCACCAGCGUUUUAUACAAAAUCUGACAUCGUUCUGGGGAGAUGGAGGAAGAGGAGGAGGAGGAGCGUUGACUCGUAUUUUAUCAGACACUGUCGCGGACGCGUUGGUUUUUAAUGGACCAAAAGUGAUCUUAAGAAGGUCCAAACUCUGUGCACUGGUUAUCGUUUUACCCGUUCGGUCUCUCUCUGCCUCUGCUGUUGCUUCUUUCUCUGUUUUCAGGAAAACGGGAGACAGAGUUUCUCCUGAUCGUCUUAGACUAGUUUAUUUAUGCAUAUUUGACCUGGGAAGGUGUUUAUGUGCUCACACCAGUAACAUGUGUAACUAAUCGGAUGGAUGCUGGCUCUCUUGUUAGUCUUCGAAAAGUAUUUUCACCUUUAUGGAAACGGAGGGAAUAAAAGUCCCUUGUACUGGCGAGCUCAUCGACACGCACACAGGCAAAGACGUCAGCGUGCAGCUGGUGUGUGUGUGUGUGUGUGUGUGUGUGUGUGUUCUGCUUUGACUUCAGCCCGGCUUCGCUGGCAGGUUCAGGCUCAGUUAUGUGUUAACACCUCCCAGUCACGGAGCAGUUUGUCAGCUUUGCUCUCAUCCAAACUCCACGUAAACAUGUUUUUC